AUGAAAGUUGGUGAUAAAAUCGACGAUUAGCAGCGAUUCCCUUGUUAAGCUUGUCAAAGUCAGAAAAUUGGAAGCGAGAAUAAGGAAACACCGAGUCGUUCGUUCUACUUUUCAAAGAAGAGGAUAGCUCAAUACUUUGAUCCAUCGCCAAGCUGAAUAUUGAAUCCAACCUUUGAUCUUCUGAGGAGAAAGAAUAUGUGGGCAGCUUCUUGUUUAGCAUCGUGCUGUGCUGCUUGUGCAUGCGAUGCUUGCCGUACAGUUGUUUCUGGGAUCAGCAGACGUUCUGCAAGAAUUGCUUACUGUGGUCUCUUUGCUCUUUCCUUAAUCGUUUCAUGGAUUCUCCGUGAGGUUGCUGCUCCUCUCAUGGAGAAGCUCCCUUGGAUUAACCAUUUUCACAAGACACCUGAUCGGGAAUGGUUUGAGACCGAUGCUGUGCUGCGUGUCAGCUUAGGGAAUUUCUUGUUUUUCUCGAUUCUGUCGGUUAUGAUGAUUGGUGUGAAAAAUCAGAAAGACCCUCGUGAUGGUAUACACCACGGUGGUUGGAUGAUGAAAGUAAUCUGUUGGUGCAUCUUGGUCAUCUUGAUGUUCUUCGUUCCAAAUGAAAUCAUCAGUUUUUAUGAGUCAAUGUCAAAGUUCGGUGCUGGAUUUUUUCUUCUUGUUCAAGUUGUGCUUCUUUUGGAUUUCGUUCAUGGAUGGAAUGACACAUGGGUUGGCUACGACGAGCAGUUCUGGUAUGCUGCGUUGCUCGUUGUUUCUCUUGUAUGUUACUUGGCAACAUUCGUCUUCUCUGGACUUCUCUUCCAUUGGUUUACUCCAUCUGGACAUGAUUGUGGACUCAACACUUUCUUCAUUGUCAUGACUUUGAUAUUUGUAUUCGUCUUUGCUGUUGUAGUUCUGCAUCCCGCUGUCGGUGGAAGCAUCUUACCAGCAUCAGUUAUAUCUUUCUACUGCAUGUACCUCUGUUACAGUGGUCUUGCAAGUGAACCCCGAGAUUACGAAUGCAAUGGUCUCCACAAACACUCCAAAGCUGUUUCAACAGGCACUAUGACCAUUGGGUUACUCACAACUGUUCUCUCGGUCGUUUAUUCCGCUGUUCGUGCUGGUUCUUCCACCACACUGCUCUCCCCUCCUGAUUCUCCCCGCGCAGAGAAGCCUCUGCUUCCGCUAGACGGGAAGGCAGAAGAGAAGGAAGAGAAAGAGAAUAAGAAACCAGUGUCAUACUCAUACGCAUUCUUCCACAUCAUCUUCUCCCUCGCGAGCAUGUACUCUGCAAUGCUCUUAACCGGCUGGUCAACAUCGGUAGGUGAAAGUGGUAACCUGGUCGAUGUCGGUUGGCCGUCUGUGUGGGUCCGUGUUGUCACCAGCUGGGCCACUGCUGGUCUCUUCAUCUGGUCACUUGUUGCUCCGAUUCUCUUCCCUGACCGUGAGUUCUGAGCUUACUAAAUCAUCUUGAGAUCCUGAAAUACUAUCAUGAAUUAUGAAUUUGUAAGAAAAAUCUCUCUUUCGACCAUAAGAGUCUCGUGUGCUAUCACGCUGCAUAGCCUUUGUUGGCCCUUCUGUAAUAUAAAUAUAAAUAUUUACCUUUCUCAUAAAUUUCACCAGUCUCGUUUAAUAUAA